AAUGGUUGGUGUUAAAUCAGGAACAUGGGUGUGCCCUCUCAUCUGCUUACUCUAUCUGCUGGCCUUUCUGCAAGUUAAAGGUGACAAUGUGCCCAUUACUCUGUUGAAAAGUGCAGUAGCUGAAGGAGCAGUUUGCUUGGAUGGAAGUCCUGCAGCAUAUAAUCUCGCCCCUGGUUCUGGCUCUGGUGCAAAUAACUGGUUGCUUUUCGUCGAGGGAGGUGGUUGGUGCAGCACUGUUAAUGAUUGCGUAGAACGUAAAGGCAAUUUUAGAGGUUCCUCUAAUCAUAUGCCGCCUGUCUCCUUCUCUGGCAUGUUAGGAGGCGUUCAGGAAAGAAAUCCUGACUUCUAUAACUGGAACCGGGUCAAGAUUCGGUACUGUGAUGGUGCCUCAUUUACAGGGGACAUAGAAAAAGUAGAUCCUGCUACAGGUCUCUACUUCAGAGGAGCCAGAGUUUGGCGAGCUAUUAUGAAAGAUCUAUUGGCGAGGGGGAUGAACAAAGCACAAAACGCAAUUCUCGGUGGUUGCUCAGCAGGUGGAUUGACAACCAUACUACAUUGUGACAGCUUCCGUAGUCUUCUCCCAGCGAAUGCAACAGUGAAAUGCUUCUCCGAUGCUGGUUAUUUCAUUGAUGCGAAGGAUAUUUCUGGAGCAGACUCGAUCCAAUCCUUUUAUAGUGAUGUUAUUAAUCUUCAUGCAUCAGCAAAUAAUUUGCCAUCUUCAUGCACGUCGAGCUUACCAGCAAACAAGUGCUUUUUCCCGCAGAACGUGGUGGCCACAAUGAAGACACCCCUUUUUAUACUCAAUGCAGCAUACGAUCAAUGGCAGAUCAGAAAUAUUUUAGUGCCAAACUCUGCUGAUACUAAUAAGACUUGGGGAGACUGCAAGCUCGAUAUCAAGAAAUGUUCCUCGGAUCAACUUCAGACACUGCAAGGUUUCAGGACAACGUUCCUGAACGCACUGCCGGGGGCAGGCAGCUCGUCUACGGGAAUGUUCAUCCUCUCCUGCCACACUCAUUGCCAAUCUGGAGAUGCGGAUACGUGGUUUGCAGCUGAUUCUCCAAGGAUCGAUAACACUCCAAUUGGGAAGGCUGUGGGAGACUGGUACUUCGGUCGGAGUUCUGCUGUAAGGAAGAUCGACUGCCCAUAUCCAUGCAAUUCUUCGUGUCGUAAAGUUGACAGCAAUUCCAUGGAAGAUUAGAAUUCUUGUCAU